AUGGUUGGCCUCACUCUCAUCCAAAGUGCUGCUGCAAAAGGAGCUGUCUGCUUGGAUGGAACGUUACCUGGGUAUCACUUGCAAUGGGGAUUUGGUUCAGGAGCUAACAGUUGGCUCAUUAAUUUGGAGGGUGGAGGAUGGUGCAACAAUGUGAGAACUUGUGUUUAUCGGAAAAAAACUCGACAUGGAUCCUCUACAUACAUGGAAAAAGAGAUAUCCUUCACUGGAAUACUGAGCAGCAACCCUAAAUACAAUCCUGAUUUUUUCAACUGGAACAAAGUAAAGCUUCGGUACUGUGACGGUGCCUCUUUUAAUGGGGACACUCAAGAUAAGGAUGCGCAACUAGAGUUCAGAGGGCAGCGCAUAUGGUCAGCUGCAAUGGAAGAUCUGAUGUCAAAGGGAAUGUCAUCUGCCGAACAGGCCCUUCUUUCUGGGUGCUCUGCUGGUGGCCUGGCAUCAAUUCUUCACUGCGACGAGUUUCGUGAUCUAUUCCCUAUCAAAACAAAAGUGAAGUGCUUGAGUGAUGGCGGGUUAUUUCUUGAUGCGCUUGAUGUAUCUGGUGGGCGUAGCCUCAGAAACUUAUACAGAGGUGUAGUGGAUUUGCAGGGGGUGAAACAGAAUCUUCCACGAACGUGCACCGAUCAUGUUUAUCCUUCCCAGUGUUUUUUCCCACAAAACUCGAUUGCCAGCAUCAAGACCCCGCUAUUUCUGCUCAAUGCGGCAUAUGAUUCAUGGCAGAUUCAGGCUAGUCUGGCUCCACCAUCGGCUGAUCCCCAGGGAUAUUGGCACGAAUGUACAUUAAACUAUAAAAAAUGCAAUUCGUCGCAGAUUCAGUUUCUUCAAGAUUUCAGGAGCCAAAUGCUGAAUGUGAUAAAAUAUUUCUCUAAGUCUAACCGAAAUGGUUUGUUUAUCAAUUCGUGUUUUGCCCACUGCCAGUCCGAGAGGCAGGACACUUGGUUCUCUGAUGAUUCCCCACGUAUCGGAGGCCAGCCGAUUGCGAUUGCUGUUGGGAAUUGGUACUUUGAUCGAGCAGUGGUGAAGGCCAUCGACUGUCCAUACCCUUGCGACAAAACCUGCCACAACCUUAUCUUUAAAUGA